AUGGCUCAGCCAAACCAAGUGACUGUGGACAUAGAAGAUGAUGAGCCAGCGGAGGCCACACCGCGUCAUAAUGCGUUACACAGACUUGACUCUGUUUCCAGGCCAGCACCUCCAAAUAGAAAUAACCUAGGCCUCGGAGAUCGUCUUAACAGUGUUUUCAGGGAAAUUAGGCCUCUCGUUGAACAUGCUCGUAUGGGCAAUAACGCACGACUUUCACUCCCUACUUGGUUGCCGAGGAACACACCUACAACUCAUCAGAUUGUAGAAGUUGGUUUGCAAAGACCCCAGAGUUCUAUUGCACAUGUUAACUUAGGUCCAUCGGCUCAGACAUACGUUGUGACCGAAAGAGGUACUCCGCCUACUCAAAGGCCACAGCCCCCUAGUCAUGGGGUGAGCAAUAGUGCUACGAAUGAUCCCAACUUGUCUGAACAGGGCCAGGAACAGCCCGAGAUCAAUGUAUCAGUAAACCCAUCCAACAAUAACAAUAUACAUGACAAUGCUGAUAAUGACAGUCAAAGUGAAGAUGGUACGCAACAGGUAGUGGACGUGAGAGCUACAUUGAACCUUCUUAUACGCUACGCACCAUUCUACUUCCUAUUAUUUAUUAAAUUCAUGUAUGACAGCCGGGAAGGGAUCUUCACUUUCAUCAUACUGUUCUGUACAUUCACACACAGUAAUAGUCUUGUUAGAAGGGAACAUGGAAAACAGAUGAACCGGAGUAUACUAGCUUUAUUGAGCGAAUUAGUUUUUACAUCGAGUUGUAUAGUGGUCGUGCACUUCCUAUUCGGGCACGGUAAGCUCCUGCCGAACGUCGUUAUGUUCCCGGGGUACACUGAGCUCGACGUGUGGGAGCUGCUGUGGCUUGUGGUGCUAACUGAUCUCAUAGUCAAGAUCAUCACCGUUGAUAUCAAAAUAUUGGGUAAAGUAUACUUAUUCACUGAGGCGGUGUCACAACUGUACCGCUCUCUCCUCACAAUCCAGCCUUGGGUCUUCUACCUUCUGCUGUCGUACGAAGGCUCCGAGAAGAUGGUAGGCAUGUUCCUUACCUCCGUAUACGUCAUCGCGAAGUUCAUUGAAGUGCUUGUACGACUGAGACUGUUUAAGAAUGCCACGUGGACGCUCCUACAGAGUGUUAACCUCGGCACAAAACCGACUUGCGAGCAGUUAUUAUCUGCGGGAGAUUCAUGCCCAAUCUGUCACGACGACUACACGACACCGGUGCGGCUAGGAUGCAGCCAUAUCUUCUGUGAACUAUGUAUCUCGGCUUGGCUGGACCGUGAGCAUACUUGCCCACUAUGCAGGGCCAAAGUUGCUGAUGAGCCCACUUGGCGCGACGGCUCCACGACCUACGACUUCCAAUUAUACUAG